AGAAAUAACUUGUCGCAAAAUCCACCAUUUUCCCUUUGUAACUUACCGGUGUUCAAAACACGUGCGUGCUAACAAUUUACAUGGAAUACUCGCGUGUCCGCGACCAUAAUUAACAAACAAACAUCACUAAAUAGUGCGCCGCGUUUCUUUCAAGAGGCACGCCGUAAUAAAUUCUCAAAAUGAACACUGAAAAGCUGAAGAAACUUCAAUCACAAGUGCGCAUUGGAGGCAAAGGCACUCCGCGGCGUAAGAAGAAGGUUGUGCAUGCUACCGCGGCCACAGAUGACAAAAAAUUGCAGUCAUCUUUAAAAAAGUUGUCAGUGAAUACUAUUCCUGGCAUCGAAGAAGUUAAUAUGAUAAAGGAUGAUGGUACAGUGAUACAUUUCAACAACCCUAAAGCACAGGCCUCCCUCGCGGCGAAUACGUUCGCUAUUACCGGGCAUGGAGAGAACAAACAAAUAGCCGAGAUGCUACCUGGUAUUUUAAGCCAGCUAGGACCUGAAGGUUUGAAUCAGUUAAAAAGGUUGGCGUCAAGUGUCGCUGCGCCAAAACCAUUAGAAGAGGACGACGAGGUACCUAACCUAGUAGGUAAUUUCGAUGAAGCGUCGAAACAAGAAGCUAAGGAGGUAGUAAUUGAGGAAAAACAAGAAGAAAAGAAAGAAGAAAAGAAAGAGGAAAAGAAAGAUGAGAAGAAGGAAGAAAAGAAAGAGACAGAAACCAAAGCUGCUGACAAGAAAACUGACUAAGCAAUGUCCAUAACACAACGGUUUAGUUUUUUAUUUUGCUCAUCCGAUGAAGUGAUGUGAAAAACCGAGGUUUCCAAAGUCAUUAUGAUAUGUCAGUAUAAGGUUUUUAAUUUUUAGUUUCACCUGUUUAUGUUCCUUAAUAAAUGUAUUUAAAAUUAUGUUUUGCAGUUAUUGUAGUGUCAUGAAUCAAUAGUGCUUUGUGAUCAUACCAUAUAAAAUUAUGUCUGUGAAAUAUCUUUUCUCUUUGGAAAUCCUCGGUGAAUCCAUUCAAUUUAUAAUAGAUUUUGUCUCUUAUGCCAUGCACUAAUUUAGUUUAAUAACUGCAUAAUUUAAAUAAUAUUGAUUCUCUCUCCAUAUGCUUAAUGAUUUAAGUGUUGUAAUAGAACACUGAGAGAUUGGCAAAUGGUUACAUUUACACAAAUUCUAUUUCAUAUACAUUAUAUUAUGUUUUCUUUGCACCUCUGGUAGGUAUAACAUAUUUGUAUAGUGAAUAAAGGUGUAUUGAAUCACCUUUUAAUAUUUUCAAAUAAUGGUAUUUUCUAAAGUUGUUGAUUCACUAUGUCCAUAAGGAAUAUAUUGCUUUCUCAUUUUU